AUCGCGUGCUCACCCGUUCACGAUGCAGUCGAACGGGAAGAGAGUCGCGUUCGUUCGGUCGUUGCCGCAGUGUUUCGGUUGAUCUCGUAGCGAUCGAUUCGCUACGUUCCGUUUCUCUCGAUCGGUAUCUCCGCUUCGACGCGCGCGAUCGAUCCGCUUUGGCCUGGCGUUUGAUGCGAUCGAAAACGCGAGUUUUUCUCGUAGGAACCCGGGAAGAUUUUGAUCGCGUGUUUUUUAUUUAUUUUUUUUUUUUUUUUAUUCGUCAAGUUAGACGCGCGCACGCGCUACACGGUUGCCUCGAAAAGGUUCGAAGAGUUAGCGCGCAACUUGUUGCCCGUCGAGCCGACGGAACAAGGAGUGGUCGUGAUCGUGAUCGUGUUUCGCGAUCGGUACCCGUCCGUCGAACGAAUCAAUAAAGAGGAAAUUUGUUUUACGGAGAAAGGUAAAUCGGCUAGCGUGUAACCGUAGUAUCGUUGCUUCGUUGUCGACGCAUCGCCAGUGGCACACUUGUCGCUUGGAAAGCAGUAUAGACUUUCUCCUUCUCGUUCGUCGCACGACCGCGACGUCUUUCGUCUCCUUUUCCUCGUCAUCUUUUCUUUCUUACUCUUCUUCUUCUUAGGAGAGACUCGCGGUUGGAACGUACGACAGGGUCGAUUGGCUUAACUACGAGGAGAAGGAGAACGACGAAGAAUAGGGAGAAAGAAAGGUGAACGAUUUGUAGAAAAAGUAUCGCUGGUAGAGCGGUGACAAAAGCGAUACGUGGUUCGGUCAACCGUGGAAGGCGCGGAGGCACGAAUUAAGAGAGAAAAUAAGAGAAAGAGAAGGAAAAGGAGGAGAGGGGACAGGUGAGCGCGUGUGCGCGCGCGCGACCGUUUAAAAGGAAGAGGGAAACGCUGGGCAAUCAAAGAAAGAGAAAGAAGAAGAAGAAGAAGAAUAAAGAAAAGAGCGUUCGUAUCAGCGUAGAUCCACGGUGACCGAUCAAGAUGAGGGUGCAUCGUGGGAUUUGCGCGAAACUUCAGGGAGGCUUCCUGCGACGAUGGUGGGCAGCGGUUGCCGUUGGAGCGUUGAUGAUCAUCGUGGCGGCAAUUUUAGCGGCGGUCUUUCCGAAAUUGGUCGACGUUCUGUUGAACAGGGAGAUCGCGUUGCGCGAUGGCGGUCGCACAUUCGGAUGGUGGAGGGAGCCCCCCGUUUCGCCUCAGCUGAGCGUCUACAUCUACAACGUGACGAAUGCCGACGGAUUUUUGAACGACGCUGAGAAACCGACCCUCGAGGAGCUCGGUCCGUACGUGUACUUGCAACACUGGGAAAAGGUCGAGGUGAAAUUCAACGACAACGACACGGUGUCGUACAGAGUGAAGAAGCAGUAUGUCUUUUCACCGGAACUCUCGGUCGGCUCGGAGGAUGAUCUGGUGGUGGUGCCGAACGUGCCGAUGCUUUCGGCUACCAGUCAAUCGAAGCACGCGGCCCGAUUUCUUCGAUUGGCGAUGGCCUCGAUCAUGGAUAUCCUUCGAAUAAAACCGUUCGUCGAGGUAUCGGUCGGUCAGCUGCUAUGGGGUUACGAGGACCCGUUGCUCAAAUUGGCCAAGGACGUGGUGCCGAAAGAGCAGAAGCUACCAUACGACCAGUUCGGUUUGCUGUACGGUAAGAACAGCACGAUGCCGGAUUGGUACACCAUCUUCACGGGGCAAGGGGACAUCGGCAAGUACGGGGUUCUGGACAAGUGGAACGGAAAGAGCAGCCUCGGCCAUUGGACCGUGCCGGAGUGCGACGGAAUCGCCGGUAGCGACGGCAGUAUCUUUCCUCCGCGCAUCACCAAACAGACGGUCCUGAAGAUAUUCGACAAAGAUCUCUGCCGGGCUCUACCUCUCACCUUUAAGGAGGAGGUAACAACCGCGGGUGGUGUACCGGGAUUCAGAUUCGUUCCGGCGAAGGACGCGUUCGCCUCCCCGAGCAGACUGGAGUCGCAACGAUGCUACUGUCCCGCAGGGCCACCCUGCGCGCCCGAAGGAACCUUCAACGUGUCCCUUUGCCAAUACGAUUCACCGGUUCUCAUCAGUUUUCCGCAUUUCUAUCUCGCUGACCCACGGCUCCGAGAAGCGGUGAACGGAAUAUCCGCACCUGUACAAGAGAAACAUCAAUUCUUCAUCGACGUACAGCCGAAGAUGGGGGCGGCGCUGCGUGCCAAAGCGAGAGUGCAGAUCAAUCUAGCCGUUAGCCAAGUGCGAGACAUCAAGCAAGUCGCCUCGUUCCCGGACAUUAUCUUCCCUAUCAUGUGGUUCGAAGACGGUAUCGACGAGCUUCCAGAGGAGAUGCGAAGCCUGAUGAAGAUGGCCGUGGACGUUCCUCCGGUUGCGCGAGCCGCGGUCUCCGGUGCUCUGGCAGCGAUCGGAACGAUCGUUCUGAUAGGCGCGCUGGUGUGCUUGGCACGCGCCGCGAAACGUCAGGAGAAGCUUCACCUGAGCAACCCGUUGCCCUCGAACGCGACAUCCGGGAAGAGCGGACAGUUGAAUCCGGCGUUCCAAAACUCCUCGGCUUCCAAGUAGCCACCGCGCGACCGUUCGCCGUUUAUCUUCGAAUUUCCAGCGAGAUCUUGACGCGCGGCGACCCGCCUACGCGUCGGCCGCUUCGCGGUUAUCGUACGCGACGCGAAUCGACGCUAUUCGGGUCGACGCGUUACCUGUACAAACUAGACGGACGGGAUACCAGUACGCUUCGCCGCGUAACGGUAACUCACCGGUUACGAGGACUUUUACCUCUUUUUUUUUUUUUUUCUUCUUUUUUCUCGAAGAGGUUACGCGAGACUCACCUUCGGGCGGUCGCGAGAUCGGCGUCCGAUUAAUCGUCGGGACCGUUUUUGCGCGAAACUGUACGUACGCGCGUAGAAAUGUAAAGAGGGAGUGAGAGAGAGGGGAAGAGAAACGUUAGGGGGGAUGAGAGGGGGACAAAUGUAGGUGAAAUUUCGUGGAGAACUGUCCUCCGUAUUGCGGUGGCCGACCAAAGAGUGUACGCGUCGGUGCUGGAUGCUGCCGACGACGGCAGCGUCGCCGAAGAAACAAUUCCGUCCAAGGAUCGAUCGAUCGCGGCUCGUCCUGGCUGCGAUCCAUACCAUUUUCUUAUUGUUAUCGGUUGUUCGUUCGUCUCUAUAACUAUAAGUACACAUGUAUGUAUGUAUUCCGUUGUAAACGCGUUACUCGACAGAUAGAUUACGAUUAGAUAUUUAGGUGAAUUUAGUUUUGUACAACGGGGCGCCGAUCAUUUAAACGAUAGAUAGCGAAAUAUCGUAUUAGCUUGGAAGCCGUGUCGAUUCGUGAUGAGUAAGAAUCGACGCGGCGUGGAAAGGAGAGAGGAGUGGAAGGCGUGCGAAAGAGAUACGAAUCUCAGCUGAACGGUUUCGCGAUAAACGUCCGGCGACGAAAGAGCCUCGAUUAAUUGCGUGUCGAACGAAAGAAAAAUGCGAGAUCCACGUUUUAUCUCGCUUCUUUGAAAAUGUCGUACGACCUAGGUUAUCAGUCAUCGCGAGAACCUACUCGUGCGUGAAACGAUUCCGUUUACAUUUUGCGACUUUAUCGCGAAUCCGAUUCGGUUAACCAAAGAUUGCUUCGCGACCGUACGCUUUCGCGUUCGCCGCGAAACGGACGGAUGAAAGGAAGGCUUUCGGAAACGGGGGGAGGGUAUAUCGAAAUCGAAGAAACAAUAAAUAUCUUUCAGGCGAAACAACGAAA